GCGGCACACCGGCGACCGGGCCCGACCACGCAGCGGUGACGGGUCCGCGGUGAGACACAAGUGAGCGGAGGCAGUACGAGGGCGGAGGCGCGGACGGCGUGGGAGCCAUGGAUAAACGCUUCAGGCACGGAGCACCCCUGCUCGGCAUUCGCAGAUCAUCAGAUGUCGUUUCUCUGAUGCUGAUCUGCAUCGCCUGUAUGCUCUUCGUGCACUCCUCCAACCUCAGAUCGUCCAUCGACCAGAUAGCGUCGUCAGCGCCCUCAUCUCCAGGCGCUGAGGUCGCCGCCCCGGUCAGCGCUCUCGGCGAGCGGGAGGAGGCCGGGCAGCGGGAGGCGGCCACCGCUGCCCACGAGCGGCUCGACAGGCGGCUACCAGCGCCGAUGAACCGCACCGGCGAGGCGCAGGACCAGGCGCUGCUGGUGUUCACCAAGAUUGCCCGCAGCGGCGGCGGGGCACUGGGCCACGUACUGCACGGCCUGGCGCGCGACGGCCGCUUUACCGUCUGGAACGAGAACCCCUACAGGAGCCACAAGAUGCUGCCCUCCUCCCCGGCCAGGGCGAUGAGAGCUGUUCAGGAGAUGAGCGGCGUUUCAAAACCAGCAGUCGUGAUGAAGCAGAUAAGCCACCUCAAUUUCUCAGCCUACGGCUUCAAUAAGCCGAUCUACGUCAGCAUGGUGCGCCAUCCCAUAGAGCACGCGCACUCGUGGUUUUACUGGUUGCGCGCGCCUUAUGCGGUGGUGGAGAGAGCGCUCUCCUUCGGAAAGGAAGAGGCCGUCAACCAUCUGCCGAAAGCGACCUUCCUCAAAAAGAGCUUCGAGGCCUGCGUGGAGUCCGGUGACCCGGAGUGUACGUACCUCCCGGGAACCGAGCGCGUCGGCCAUCCCAUGCAGGCCUUCUGCACCUCCUCGCCCCAGUGCUGGUCGUUCGGCAGCCGCGCGGCACUGCAGGAGGCCAAACGGGUGGUGGAGAGCGAGUACGCCGUUGUGGGCCUGCUAGAGGACUGGGACACCUCACUGACCGUCAUGGAGAAGCUGGUGCCGCGCUUCUUCGCCGGCGCUUCAGUCCUAUAUCGAGAGAAAGUGGCUGCGAAUCGAACCCAGCGCAACGAGAACUUCUACAAGCCGAAGUUAAGCGAAGCGAUAAGGCAGAAGAUGACCAAAAACUUCCACACAGAAAUCGAAUUUUACCAAUUUGUGAAGCGUAGACUCUAUAAGCAGUACGAAAGUCUGAAAGGUUGAACGGUACAUCGCCAUUUCUAGUAAGAUGCUAGUAACGUUCCAUGUUUUUCUAGCGCUUCUAUGUGGCUGGUAGAGAGCGCAGUUCUGUUUACACGAAUCUUAAAUCUAGCGCACUUACAUUUCCUUGCGACACACCAGAGCUGAUGUUCAUUAACUUUCCACUUUAAGCCAUGUUUAAGUAUGCAUUGUAUGUAAUGUAUAUGCAUGUUCUCUCACCACGCCUUCUUUUGAAGCGCGGGACUCCGGUGGCUCAAGCUAGCAAUGCUGCCAAGCGUUCGGUGUUGGCGGUGACCCCAAGUCAGCCAUGUGCCGUAUCAGAUGCGCCGGGCCAGGCUGGCCGGGUACGGAGGGAGGAAGAAGGCCGGGAGGGGGGAGGGGUGCUUACGGGGGUGCUGAGCAGAUGGUGUGGUAAAGUGUCGAAGCCGACGGAACAAGCACCUGCCAGCGGCAAAAUGUUAUGUGAUUGCUACGGUCAAUUGUGAAUACUAUGUGAUAUGAUAU